GUGGUGGGGGUGCUAUGCAUUACCAGGAGCACUGGGUUCGCGCCCCCUCCCUGGCGUGAUCUAUUCUUAAGUCGUCACUACUUUGGAAGGAGCUGCAGUCAAGGCAGCUCGUCCACCUCUGCAUUGCCUAGACUGCACUGUAAUCCACCAGGAGACUGAAGCAGGGCACUUGUUUCCUUCUCUAAUCUGUUUGUGUUACGUAUCCAGCAUUAUUCUCCAAAGAAAUAAUAUGAUGUCUACCGUUUUCCUGUUACUACUGACUGUAUCCUUGGUCAUGUGUGCUUCUUCAUUCCAAGGCACUUCAGAUGGCACUAAGGCACUCAAAGUUACUAUUACAGCACAGCGUCCAUUGGAAGGGGUACUCUCCGAGUCUCUCACAAUUCCUUGCUAUGUCUUCAAUGCUGACCCCUCACUGGUCUCCAGAGUGGGCCGCAGGGCAGUCCUCAACAGUCCAAGAGUGAAGUGGACUUUCAUUGUCAAUGGAUAUGAGUCAGAAAUUUUGGUUGCUCAGGGUCAAAAAGUAAAAAUCAGUGAGGAUUAUAAAGGCAGAGCAUCUCUGCACAGCUACCAUGAAUCCCCAAGUGACCUCACCUUAACUCUUACUGAGCUAAGAACAAACGACUCUGGAAUCUAUCGCUGUGAAAUGCAACAUGGGUUAGAAGAUGACCAUGAUCUUGUGGAGGUAAAAGUAAAAGGUGUGGUUUUCUUAUAUCGGGAUUCCUCAACACGGUAUACGUUUACAUUUCUCAAGGCUCAGCAGGCCUGCAGCAGUAUUGGAGCAAGAAUAGCCACAGCAGAGCAGCUGUACUGGGCCUACAGAAGUGGAUAUGAACAGUGCGAUGCAGGCUGGCUUGCAGAUCAAACUGUCCGGUAUCCAAUACAAGUUCCUCGGGAAGCUUGUUAUGGUGAUAUGGAUGGAUUUCCAGGGGUACGCAGCUAUGGGGUAAUGGAUCCUGAUGAGAUGUUUGAUGUGUACUGCUACGUGGAAGAUGUAGAUGGAGAGGUAUUUCAUGCGGACUCGCCCGAAAAAUUUACCUUUGAAGAGGCUAAACAGUUCUGUGUAUCACAGGGUGCAGAUAUUGCACUCACUGGCCAACUUUAUGCAGCGUGGAGUAAAGGGCUGGACCAGUGUAGCCCUGGCUGGCUUGCUGAUGGCAGCGUCCGUUAUCCCAUUGUUGUUCCCAGAGAGAGAUGUGGAGGAGCCCUUCCUGGGGUAAAAACCAUUUAUGCCUUUCGGAAUCAGACUGGCUUCCCCAAUACAACCUCCAAGUAUGAUGUCUAUUGUUUUAGAGGUAAUAGGAGCUCUGCCAAACGGCACCCUGCAGCAUACUAUGCCACUGCACCAGAUGUAGAGGAAGUUGCAGCUGUCACAGAAAAACUGAAUGCAGUCCAUUUACCAAAACCCAGAUCAGAAAAUGAAGUUUGGCAACCUCACCUCACCCUCCCUAAUGAUGACUUAAAUAAGAAGCACAAAAAUGCAGACAAUGUACCACAAGCCACAGAGCAGCCAACAUCAGGGUCUCGUAUAUCAUUUUAUUCUGCAUCACAUUUCUUCAAGCCAACAAAGGCCUCAGUGACAAUGAAGACUCCUGUUAAGCCAGCGAACCCCCACCCAGUUUCUUGGGGUUUGGUCAUACUUGACCCUGAAAAUGACUCCCAAGUAACAGAACCAGCAUCUUCAGUAACUGAUUAUUUACCCAGCUCAGCUUUGGAGAAUACUACCAUGGCAACUGGCUCACCUUCUACAGACAGACAUGGAAAGCUCAGUACAGGUGAUGGAUUACCUGCAAGUGAUCUCUAUGGAGCUGAAAGAGCAGAGCAUAUGUCAGUGGCCACCACUUUUUUACCUUCAUAUCAUAUCAUACCUGGUAAACACCAAAGCAUUUUCCUGGAGCCAACACCACUAUUCCCAAAAAAGUCCACUGCUGCUGCUGUCCAAAAUCUUUCAACCACAUCAUUUUUGCCCAGACCUUCAGAACAUACAGGUGAAAUCAGGAUGACAGAUGCUUCCUUUAUUUCUCCAGGAUCCAUAGUGUCAAAAUUUACCAGCAGGAUGUCGAGAGUAAGUGAUGAGGAAACUCCUUCUGGGGACACACUUUUGGAUCAGAGUUCUACAUUUGUUUCAGAGGAUGUUGAGAAAGAAAAUGUAAAUGCAACCAGGCAUGAUUUCAGUGAAAUCAGUCUUGUAAGCACAACCCAGUUGUCAGGUGAUCAUUCUUCUGAUGGCAGUACUGAAGCAUCAGAAAUGCAAUAUCCUGCUAAUAUUACUCCACCAGUGACAUCAGUCACAUCUUCAGGAGAUUCAGCUCUGCACUACCCUACUAUUCAUACAGAAUCAUCAGGAGCUCCGGAAUGGAGUGCAUCUGGAGACCACUCUGGAUUGCCAGAUAUGCAGGCUGUGGAUUAUAGAAAACCUUUCUCAGGAUCUGGUAUUGUAGAUGUCUCAGAAGUUCCUUAUCCUACACCUACAUCUUCUAAAAUCUUAACAAAAGAACAGAUAACACAAGGAGCUCAUGUAUCUGAAGAAAGUGGAGAACCAUCUGGACUACAUUGGCAUGAAUCUUCUUCAGGAGGAGUAGUAGUUACAACUGUUGUGUCUCCUAAAGCAAACAGAACCUUAGAAACAUUUGAGAGCCCUGUAACUAGUUUUGCAGACAUCAGGCAAAAUACCAGCGAUAUGACUUUAGGUGGAUUACUUGAUGAUAAGGUUUCUCUGUCUUCAACUCCUGCUGUAGAGAUCUCAGAAAUAUCCAUUCCUGAGCAAAAAGAAAUACAUUCUAGUAUUUCACAAGUUCACAUUUCUGAAGUUGGUAGGCAGCCUUCAGGUUUUGGAGAACAAGAGUUAACAUCUGAGGAAUCAAGUAUUAGCCCAGUACCUGAAAUCCUCCUAACAAGUCCACUGCCUCCAGCUGAGGUGCCUCAUAAAGGGCUUCAUGGAGCUUUACGUGAGGACAAAACUGGGGUUACCACCAGUCUUACUUUUGACAUAAGCAGCAAUGUGAUAGCUACAGCUGAACCAAUGACAAAAGACAGUAGACAUUUUGAAGAAGUCACUGGCCAAGACUUUGAAGGGACACCAUCUGCAUAUGUCACUAUGACCACAGAACCUCCAUUUGCUGUUCUGCCAACAGAGACGGCAGUACAUGGAAAGGGGAUGCUGUUAACAGACAACUGUGUUCCAAACCCAUGUGAGAAUGGCGGAACCUGCACUGAGGAUGUGGCUGGAAUUACUUGCAUCUGCCUGCCUGGUUAUGGAGGGGAAAAAUGUGAGACUGAUUUAAGGAAUUGUGAACCUGGCUGGGAAAAAUUCCAAGGCUUUUGCUACAAGCAUUUUACUAUCAGGAACAGCUGGGAAGAAGCAGAACAGAACUGCAGGAACUGGGGAGGUCAUCUAACCAGUGUGAUGACCCCUGAGGAGCAAAACUUCAUUAACAAUAAUUACCAAGAAUAUCAGUGGAUUGGUUUAAAUGACAAAACUAUCGAGGGAGAUUUCCACUGGUCAGAUGGUAACUUUCUGAUCUAUGAGAACUGGCAUCAUGGUCAACCUGACAGCUACUUUCUGUCAGGAGAAAACUGUGUGGUAAUGGUAUGGCAUGACGGAGGUCACUGGAGUGAUGUACCUUGUAGCUAUCAUCUAUCCUACACCUGCAAGAUGGGUACCACACACUGUGACACACCACCAACAGUUAGCAACACAGUCAUCUAUGGACGAAUAAAGGAACGCUAUGAAGUCAACUCUAUUGUCCGCUACCAUUGCAGUACUGGAUUUGUGCAACGUAACUCUCCAGUAAUAAGGUGUCAGGAGAAUGGCAAAUGGGAGAAGCCCCAAAUAAUCUGCACACGACCAUGAACGGACAAGUAGCAAAACUGCUUUUGAUAUUAGACAUUCAUGAUUGCAUCUUCUAAAAUGAUGAACUGGAUUCAUUACCUGAUCUCCAAAAGUCCAUUGUGACACCUCAGCAUGACCUCCAAGAGGAAGAAGAAACUGCUUGAUAAAAUUUGCAGCAUUGGCCUUCUGAAGACAUGGCUUUAAGCCCAAUUCAAUUCUACUAACUGAAAUGCAUUGAAAGAGUCAUUUAAUGUUAUUGUUUGUGUGUGAAUGUGUGGGUGCAUGUAUGUGUGAAUGCGUGUAUGUAAGAAUGUGUGUGUUUGUGCAUGCAUGUAUCUGGGAAUAUGUGUAUGCAUGCAUUUGUAUGUAUAUAUGCAUAUAAAGUAAGGCUCUGGUUCUAAACAAUACUACAUCAGACUUACUAAUAAAAACACAAAUAAUAAGUUGAAAUGAGGACUUUAGCAAUACUGUAGACAAACCAAAAUAUAUAUAUAUCAAUCCAUUUUCAUUUCAAAUGAUUAAUGGCUCUACACUUUACAACAGCAACACAUCACCCAGAAGCGUGGUCAGCUGGUCAUUCUAGUCAUCAUUGUUAAUAUUUCAUCUGUACAGUGUCAGUUUUAGUGAAUAUCACCUUGCUUUCUAGAAACAAAAUGUAACAUCAGCUGUACUGCCAUACAGUUAUUAAUAAUAAAAUAGAAAUAGCUUGUUCUGUUAUGGCUUACUGAACGGCAAACAAGUGAGCAUCUGAAAUAACAAAAAAUAAUGCCAGGAACACAAAAGAGCAGAAAAGUUAGCAAGAAGUUUUUACAAGGUGGGAGUUUGAAUUUAUGUGCUCCAUGGUCACUCCAACUCAAAAAAGGGAAGCAUCUUACAAAAGAAUCACUACUAUUACAUACACAGAAGUUGCACUAACAACGGUUUCCUAGGAAAACUGGCCAACUUUGUUUUCUUCUUUGCCUUUUCCUUCUGCAACUGACACUCCAGGAAUUUCACCUCGACCGCCAGUGUAGGAGCCAAAAUAGCUAUAUGAACAAAUGUACUGCAUUUUUAAUCCUGACUUAAACAAGUACCACUAUUUCGUAACGCAUUUUAAGAUUUUAAGAAAUUAUUUUCAUAGUACUAGUGUAAAAUUGGAUGCAAUAUAGUAUUGAUUUACAAGAAUUCAUCUUUCCCAAGUGGCAUGAAACAGACUGCUGUGCACCUUUUGCCAGCUGUUGCUAUAAGACAUUUGAACAAAGCAGAAUUAUGGUGUUUUGGGAGAAGGUAAGCACAUUGCCUGUGGCUGGGAGACAGGUAAGCACAUUACUUGUGGUUGUAAGGCAGGUGAGUACAUUACUUGUGGUUGGGAGACAGGUAAGCACAUUACUUGUGGUUGGAAGACAGGUGAGAACAUUACUUGUGGUUGGGAGACAGGUAAGCACAUUACUUGUGGUUGGAAGACAGGUGAGCACAUUACUUGUGGUUGGGAAACAGUUUAGGACAUUACUUGUGGUUGGAAGACAGGUGAGCACAUUACUUGUGGUUGGGAAACAUUAAGGACAUUACUUGUGGUUGGGAGACAGGUGAGCACAUUACUUGUGGUUGGGAGACAGGUGAGCACAUUACUUGUGGUUGGGAGACAGGUAAGUACAUUACUUGUGGUUGGGAGACAGGCAAGCACAUUACUUGUGGUUGGGAGACAGGUAAGCACAUUACUUGUGGCUUUAUGCUUAGUUGUGCUCAUUUCACAGUUGUUCCAACACAAAUAAUCUAGGAUGACUUGUUUGGUGGUGGAUGUUUAACUUUUAUCAAUAUUUUAAUGUAGUAUUGCUCUCUCUCUCUCUCUCUCUACUUCUGUUUCAUGAUUCUAGACUAACCAUAAUAGGAGCAACUGCUUGAGUAGUUCUUUGAGUUGUCUUAGCUACAUUCAUCUUUGAUUGUUAGACCACUGCAGCAGUGGCACUUUCAUCAGAAGGCAGUGACCUUGGACCAAAUUAUAUGAAGCAGUGAGGCCCACAUAUCAUGAGAUGUGUAUUUUUUGUUUUGUCCAAAAGUCUGCAUUCUCUGUGCAUGCUAAUUAUUGGCUGUUUGGCAAUUUUAAUGUGAAGGGUUGCACUUCGAGCAGUCAUUCAUGAGCCAGGAUUACUCAUUAAAUUUCAUGUUUCUGACAUAUUCUGCAGUAAACUGCAUUCUUUUAUAAAUCCUAUUUCAAAAAAAAAAAAAAGAAGAAAGUCCAUUUUAGCAACUGUGGAUAGCAUUUUAUUAAUGAUAUUUCUGAAAGAGUUCCCUCUCCACAAAAUGCCUUGGACCUUUAUAUUUAAGCAUUAAAUGCUCCUGGGGGUACCUGACUUCCUGUUGUGGUAAUUUUGAUAAACUGCUUUUAAAAAUGAGUUAUGGGGUGAAUGAGUAUCACAUAUUUAGUGACCAUCAGCAUAAAUAUGCUGCGAAGUAGGCAGGGCAUGUCCAUUACAUUUUAGUAAUAUAAUCCUUUUAAAUUUCCCUAUAGCUGGCACACAUGCUCUAGUCCACUUUCUUGAUCAUUUCCCCAGUUGUCAGUCCAGAGGUAUUGACCUCAACUUCCAUGCACCCUUGAAAAUGCUCAUUUAUCGUGCUGUCUCACCCUUGAAUCUCUCCAGCAAGAUCUCAUUCACAGCUACAGCCUUACCACUGCAAAGCCAAUGAUAGCACAGUGUCUCUAGUUACAGAGAUGGACCCCCGACACAUGAGAGAUUUUGGGCGUUACAUCCUCAUAGGAAGGCAUAUUGCUCAAAUUAAGAAGUCUGUCAAAACAUGUCUGAUAACUAACAAAAAUUUCCCUAUUGUCAGCAUUUCACCAACUUUGCUUAGCACAGUCUGAGCAAGGCACUAUCUUCUAUACUUGAAGCACUGAAAGGAUGGAUUAAACCUCUAUGAUUUCCCCUCAUGAAUUUCUUCAUGUCCUCUGCAAACUCUGUUCGUGCUCAGGCAUUCAUGCCAGUUACUGCUGUUACUGCAUCUUUCUUAACCUGCUGACAUCACCUAGCUGAAUCAAGAGAACUCCCAUUAGCAUUGCCCAGAAGGCCACCUUCUUGAACACAGACUGUUUUGGCUGCUUCUCAACUGCCUAGAAUUUCACAAAAAGUCCAGAUUUCUGUCUCAUAUUUUUAGUCUGGUUGUCAUAAAAUGUGUGGCUGUCUGGCAAACCACUGAGGGUUGAGAUAGCUAAAUAACAACAUACAUUUUGGUUUCAGACUUAAUAUCCUUCAUAAAAUGCACAUUCAUGCAAUACGUGUUUUUUCUUGCAACUUUCUAAGUUUAAAAGAGAAAUGUUUGAAAUAUGUCCCUGUUGCUGGGCCUUUGCCCUCCCAUUAUUUUCAGUUUUUUUCAGAUUUCCUGAGUUUUACAGGUAUUUAGCAUAUUGUCUCCAGCCGUACAUGAAAGAGAGGCAAAGUAUUCACGUUAGUAAAAUUUGAAUAUGUAUUGAACAACAGCCUCUGCUAUCUGUUUGCAAAGGUGCCUCACCACUUUUUUGGGUGCCUGGAAUCUGUUCAGCUGA